AUUAAAAUUAAAUUAAUUAUCAAUUGAGAGAACUGAAGAAUAAUAUUGAUUGAUUAAAAUUGAACCCACAUAGAUAGGUCAGUUGGUUUAGUAAUGAGAAAUUUGGGACAAUGAUCAACGAUCGAAACUCGGAGCGGCCGUGUGAAGGUUAGAGCUCCUUUGUGUUGAGCUAGAUCCCUAUUACACACAGAUAUAAAACCUACAAUCAUUGGACCGAUUAAAUCAUCAUUACUUCUGUAGGAUUAGAGUUUGAGGCUUUUGGGGCGGGAGAUUCCACUUUGGGAACCAUUGUUCGAUUAAAAACGAACAAAAUUACACUCCGACUCUCGGAAUCAAAAGCAUAUGCGGAGACUCAUUCUCUGACACCGAAUUGGGGUCUAUAUAUUCCGUAUCGGUUGAACCGUACCUUAAACAUUUGUACGAGUAGAUCCAUCCCAGUUGUUGCAAUUUUGCGUUUCCCUUCAAUCAUGGAAUCUCCAAGUCUGAUCACUCCCAUCCCUAAUCUCCUCUUCUUCUUCACAGCUUUUCUCCUAAUUUACAUAAUCGCAUACCUCUUCAUCUUCCGCAAUUGGAAGCCCAAGCUCCGACCCGAAGCCGCCAGCUGCGCCAUCUCCCUGACCCACGGCACUCCCGCCGUGUUCUUAGCCGCAGCCGCCGUCCUCUCCGACCCUAAUCGGAGCUUCCACUCCCGGAACACGCCCUUCCAGAACCUGGUCCUCGAUUUCAGCGUCGCCUAUUUCCUGAUGGACCUUUUGCACUACCUGAUUUUCUUCCCGACCGACGCUCUCUUCAUCGCCCACCAUUUGGCCACCCUGUUCGUUUUCGUCAGCUGCCGAUACGCCGUCGCUCGCGGGGCGUAUUCCGUAUUAGGGCUCCUGGUUCUGGCGGAGGUCACCAGUUUCUGCCAGAAUGUCUGGACCCUGGCCGGGGUUCGGAAAUCCGAUUCGCAAUUGGCUGCCAAAGUGUACGGAUUCCUGUCCCCUCCGUUUUAUGCUCUGUAUUCUGUGGUUAGAGGGUUUGCUGGGCCGCUGUUUGUUUAUAGAAUGCUGGGUUCUUUUAUGAAAGGGGAAGCCGAGAAUGUGAUACCCAGAUGGAUGUGGAUUUCUUGGUUUACUGUUAUUAUCGCUGCAAUCUCUGUCAGUGUCUUGUGGGUUUCAAAUCGUUGGGUUGACUUGUAUCGACAGAAAAGUCAUAAACUUGACAAAAAAUACAGUUAGAGAAUUUAGGGCACAUUUAAUGCUUGUAUUAUUCUUAGAGAAAAAUCAAACCAAUGAAGACUGACUCCUUUUACACUUUAUCCAGUCAGAUUGAAUUAGAGUUGUUUGUGUUUAUCUGCUGUUACUUUGACUUAAUGAAAUCCAACCUGCAAUUUAUUGUCACCCCUCUCUGCCUUUUAU